ACAGAUUGGGGAAAUUAUGUAGAGACCAGAGAGAGAAAACUUGGAGAGCAAAUAACAAAGCUUCUCCUCCACAAUUUCCUUUUUUUUUUUUUUUCUUGCACCCGAGAUAUUUCACCUUUCUCUUCUCAAAUUUCCACUAAUUAAAAUCCUUUUUUUUUCUUAACUCUCUGCUUGGUUACAUCUCUGUCUCAGAUUUCUUUUGGUUGUUGGUCCUUUCUUAUGAUUUGCAGUUCUUUUAUCUGUCACGUUUCUAUAUGUAUGGACUGCAUGUGAUUUUCAGUGUCUUUUUAUUGAAACUAAAAUAAAAAAGAGAAGUUUUUUUGGAGUUAUUUAUUAUUGAUUAUUGAUUGGGAGGUAAGGUGUUUAUGUGAGGGUCAAUUGGUUGAGUUUUCCAUUUCUUGUGCAAUUUUGUUUAUGAGAUUUUGAGUUUAGAAGUUGUGGUUUCUGUUUGUGUACUAUGCAAAUGAUCAUCAAGCCUCUUACUUGCAUAGAGUUCUUUAUAAGAGUUGGGACUUGUCCUUGUUACUUUGUAUUUCUGAUAAUGAAAAAGGGCAUGAAAAGUUAAAAUAGUUCUUUCAAAUUAUCCAGCUAUGUCCUCAUCUUUUUGAUAAUUUUCAGAUGCAGGGUUUAAACUUCGAAGUUUAAACCAUUUACAAUCCUUCAAUUAUUGUUCCUUUAAGGACAAAGCAGUAUAUUCUUCAUUUAUUUCCAAGCUUCCUUUUAGGUAAGCUCUUGCUGCUAUCACUGUUUUCCUUUUGUGUAUACAGUGGAUAAUGAUUUUGAAUCGGAGAUGAAAUAGUCCUUUUCAGUUGUAGAGGGGUGCAUUCUGGUCUGGAUUUCUUCUUGCUGGUUCCUCUUGGCCAGUAUGGAGGGACAUAAAUCUGUUGUCACUUCCUGUGAAGAGGACCAACAUGUGGUUGCUGCUGCUCAGCACAUUUUGAAGGCACUAGCAGCAAGUAAGACGGUUUCUGAUGACAUGAGGAAAACGCUGUUGGAUAUUGUGACCCAGUUGUCUACGAUGUCCAUAGUCAAUGAGAGAAAUGAAAGGGGCAUGAAGCAAUUAGAGAGGCAACUUAAGUGUGCUGAAGACACAGUAAUGAGGUGGGAGACAAACCGCUCCAUGAUAUGGGAUUCUAGUCCUAGUGAGUCUUCUGAGUAUUUGAAAGUUGUUGGUGAUAUCCAAGCUCUGACUCUGAGUUUGCAAAACCUUUCUCUGAAAGAGAAUUGGAAGCAGAAGGAACUUCUUCAGCGCGCCAAUGGGAUUCUACAGGUUGCUAUGUCAAGGCUUGAGGAAGAGUUAGUCCACAUUUUUGUUCAACAUAAGCAAUAUUUUGAGCCUGAAUACAUGUCUUUCUUUUCUAAUAGGAUGGAUAUGGUGUAUGAUGAAUCAUUUGGUUCAAUUGAGGGUGAAAAAAUCGAGGAGGCAUCCCGGAGUAGUGGCGGUAAUCAAUCCCAGGCGAGCACUGUUGAUUUGGUGAAUCCAGCAAUGCUUCAAGAUCUAAAGACCAUUGCAAAUGUCAUGUUUGCUUCAAAAUACCAUCAGGAAUUCUGUCAGGUCUUUGUCACAUCCAGGAGGGAUGCCUUGGCUGAGUACUUUGUCAUUCUUGAGAUGGAGAAAUUAAGCAUUGAGAAUGUGCUAAAAUUGGAGUGGCAUUGCUUAAACCAUGAGAUAAAGAAAUGGAUUCGCGCCAUGAAGAUCAUUAUUAGGGGAUAUCUUGUUAGCGAAAAACGUUUGUGUAAGCAGCUCCUUGGAGACUUUGGUUCAUUUUAUCAAUUUUGCUUUUCUGAAAUAUCUCAGAGUUUUAUGUUGCACCUUCUGAAUUUUGGUGAGGCAGUGGCAAUGUCAACACACACACCAGAAAAGUUGUUUUCUUUUCUAAACAUGUAUGAGGUUUUGGAGCAUCUUUCUGUGGAUGUGGACAUCUUGUUCUUUGAAGAAGUUGGUUCUUUUGUUAGGGGAGAGUUUCACAAGCUUUUAAGGAGGUUUGGUGAUGCUGUAAAGUCUACACUUAAGGCAUUCAGAAAUGCCAUUGCAACUAACCCAUCAAAGACCCGUUUUCCUGGAGGGGGUGUUCACCAGAUUACCAAGUAUGUGAUGAAUUACAUCAUGGCACUAGGUGGAUAUGCUGAUACCCUUAAUCUCCUUCUUGUUGAUGAAAGUUCUAUUGAUCCUUCAGGCAAUAAACAUGACACUCCAGCUCUCUCAUUGUGUCCAAUGGCUUGCCAUUUUCGGUCGAUCACAAACGCUCUAGAAUCCAACUUAAGCACCAAAUCCAAGUUAUAUAAAGAUGUGGCUUUGCAAAAUAUUUUCAUGAUGAAUAACAUUCAUUACAUGGUGCAGAAGGUUAAGUCCUCUGACCUAAGCCAUUUCUUUGGUGAUCGCUGGCUUCGCCAGCAUGCUGGGAGGUUGCAACGCGAUGCUAAAAGUUACGAGAUGGUCACUUGGGGUUCAGUACUUUCUAUGCUUAGAGAUGGAAGUGUGUCAAAUGUUUCACAGAGAACUUUGCAAAAAAGGUGCAAAGAGUUUAGCACUGCCUUUGGUGAAAUAUAUAGGACUCAGACAGGGUGGUGUAUCCCUGACCCUCAACUUCGUGAAGAACUUCAAAUUUCAGUUUCCCAGAAAGUGGUUUCUGCUUAUCGCACAUACACUGGGAGACACUCAUCCACCAUUGCUGAAAAGUAUAUCAAAUACACUGUGGAGGAUCUCCAGACUUGUAUUUUCGACCUUUUUCAAGGUGACCAAGACAAUUAGCAUGGGCUCAGUGAAGGAAUGGAUGAAACUACUAUAGAACUUAGAAAGUUAUUUUGAAAACUCUGAUGUAUUUGAACUAGUCUUGUAGCAAUGAUUUGAUAUAAACUUGUAAUUCAUCCUUAUUUUGAAACACUCUAUUGAACUAUGUAUUGGGAACCGUUUGAAUGAAAAAUUUUAUUAUUUCC